AUGGCCGUUACAACCCUCUCUCUGCUUCCUCCCUCCACUUGUCCCUGCUUCUGUGGCACCGUCCAUCUCCGCUCUCACAACAGCUUCAUUUCCAUUCACUCCCCUUCUUCUUCUUCUUCUUCUUCCUUCUCAUCAUUUUCCAAUCCCAACCUCGCUCCCACGCGCCGCCGCUUCCACACUGUCUUCGCCGCUUCCUCCGACUACUAUUCCACUCUCGGAGUCUCCAAAUCUGCCACCGGAAAGGAAAUCAAAGCCGCGUAUCGAAGGUUAGCUCGUCAGUAUCAUCCUGACGUAAACAAGGAGCCCGGGGCGACUGAAAAGUUCAAAGAGAUUAGUGCUGCGUAUGAGGUGCUAUCAGAUGACAAAAAGAGGGCUUUAUAUGAUCAAUAUGGCGAGGCAGGAGUUAAGAGUGCAGUCGGAGGAGGGUCCAGCGCCUAUACGACAAAUCCAUUUGAUUUAUUUGAGACAUUUUUUGGGCCAAGCAUGGGCGGCUUCGGUGGCAUGGAUCCAACUGGAUUUGGAGCUCCUCGUCGUAGUACUGUUACUAAGGGUGAAGACAUUCGGUAUGAUUUUUCCUUAGAGUUUUCUGAGGCAAUUUUUGGAACAGAGAAAGAAUUUGAUCUUUCUCAUUUGGAAACAUGUGAAGUCUGUACUGGUACCGGAGCAAAGAUAGGCUCCAAGAUGAGAGUAUGUUCAACUUGUGGUGGGAGGGGUCAGGUUAUGAGGACUGAACAAACACCUUUUGGGUUGUUUUCACAGGUUUCAGUAUGUCCAAGCUGUGGUGGGGAUGGAGAAGUCAUAUCUGAAUAUUGUCGUAAAUGCAAUGGUGAAGGACGAAUACGGGUUAAGAAAAAUAUUAAAGUUAAAGUUCCUCCUGGUGUUAGCUCUGGCAGUAUUCUAAGAGUUUCUGGGGAGGGUGAUGCUGGACCAAGGGGCGGCCCUCCUGGAGAUCUUUAUGUCUAUCUUGACGUUCAAGAGAUACCUGGAAUUCAAAGGGAUGACAUCAAUCUCCGCUCAACACUAUCAAUCAGUUACCUAGAUGCUAUACUGGGUGCUGUUAUGAAGGUAAAGACAGUUGAAGGAAUUUCAGAGCUACAAAUACCUGCUGGUACCCAACCUGGAGAUGUCCUUGUCCUUGCAAGAAAAGGUGUACCAAAAUUAAAUAAACCAUCAAUACGUGGUGAUCACCUAUUUACUGUUAAAGUUACAAUACCAAAACGUAUUAGUACAAAGGAGCGUGAGUUGCUUGAAGAGCUUGCUUCUCUAGGUGACACAAGCAGACGUUUAAAAUCCCGUCCUAAGACCCACUCUUCAACAGGUGGUACGGAAACUGCUACAGUUCAAAGGGAUGAAAGUCCAACAGCAACAGUGGAAGAACAAAGUGAGAAAUCAGAAGAAGAAAACGAUGUAUGGAAUAAAUUGAAGGACUUCGCUGGAUCUGUGGCAAAUGGAGCUUUAAAGUGGCUGAAAGAUAAUCUCUAG